GCCUGGGGGCCCGAUGCCUGUCGCCCCUCCUGGGGGGCCCGAUGCCUGUCGCCCCUCCUGGGGGCCCGGCGCCCGCCGCUCCGCUUGGGGGCCCGAUGCCUGUCGCCCUGCCUGGGGGCCCGAUGCCUGUCGCCCCGCCUGGGGGCCCGGUGCCUGCUGCUUCACCUGGUAAUCCGAUGUGCCUCUGCCCGGAGUCCAGCCCGAUGUGCCUCUGCCCGGAGUCCAGCCCGAUGUGCCUCUGCCCGGAGUCCAGCCCGAUCCCGGUGUGCCUCUGCCCGGUGUGCCGCUGCCCGGAGUCCUGCCCGGUGUGCCGCUGCCCGGAGUCCUGCCCGGUGUGCCAGUCUUUGAUAUCCCGCCAGUUACCA